AUGAAGAUGUGGGUCGGGAGAGUAGCUUCUUCAGCUGGGCCACCGUCUUCGACGGUGGCUUUCCCCGGAGGCGAAGAUGCUCACAUUCUUCUUCCAGGUGUCUUCUCCACCACUCUCUCCCUUGCCCCGAGGAGAGUUUCGGACCAGGGAAUUAUCGCUCGAGCGCACUCCGCGGCCGCUUCCUCUUCUACUUCUAUCCUCAGUGGCCGCAGCAAUGAUGGGGGCCCAUAUUCGGUUUCUGCUCUGCUGUCUGGUAGGAGCAGGAUCUUCGUCGCCCUGGCUUCUUCGAGGAAACGCAGGGGGAAGUCUGCUCAGGGGGUCGUGGUGGUCGACGAGGACGAGGAUUAUGAUGGAUGGGAGGACGAGGAUGAGGAUGAACUAGAUGAUGAAGAAGGGGCGGAGACUGCUUCCGAAAUGCCUUUCGAUGAGAUGAGGAGGUGGCUUCGGAAUAAGCCGUCGGGUUUUGGGGAAGGGAAAUCUUACGAUACGUCAAUCGAGGACAAGCUGAUAGAGGAGUUAGAAAAAAGCAGGCAGGCCCAGGCUAUACACCUCAAUAAGCUCAGGAAUGGCGUCACAGACCAGGAAGUUGCGAAGAAAAAAAAUCCUCGGAAGGCUGACGGUAUGAACUUCUGUCCUGUCUGGUACUCAUUUGGUUUUUUUUUUUUUUGAGGGUUAGUCUUGAAUGGGUUAUUUCACCAAAUAUUGAUUUUCUCUGACUAUCAUUUCUUUUCUCAUCCAACGCAUAGGUCCAGUCAAUCGCUAUCUUUCCCAUGCUGGACAUGUUUACAGGAUAUUAAGUUUUUCAAUGAAUCUUCUCCGAGACGCUCCUUGUGAGGAAUACUCAGUUCUAAGCGCCAGCAUAGUGCCAGUUGUUUCCCCAUCGAAUUUUUCAGCAGUUAAAAAUUUAGAAAAAACGCAAAAUUGACCUUGCAUAGUCCCCGUUGGUCCUCAGGACGACAAUGAAUUCCCUUCUGACUAUUGACUUGUUUUCCAUGUCAUCUAGUUAACUGCCAGUUGUUGCUUGGUGGUAGUUGAGGUAACCUUGCUAAGUUUUUUUUUCUCCAUGUCGGCAACACUAAUUUCCGUUUUUGUUCCAUAUCAUCCGAUAUGGAGACAAUGGUGUGGGGCGUAUACCCUUCCGCUUCCGUUAAACAACCUUUUUCAUUCCCACAACUGUUUUGGCUUGACAAGGUGAUAUAUGUGGUGUCUAAGUCUGUUCAAACACUUCGUUAUUUCUUGUUCAUCCUAAAUGGGGCGAAUCAUAAAAUGCGGUGCUUGGUACAGAAUAAUAAUAAUAAUAAUAAUAUAGUUCUUCGUGUGCGGGUUCUAUACAAAGAUAUAUUGGUGUCAAUCAGGAGAACCAAUAUAUAGAUGCUUUUGUAGACAUUGUUGACCACGAAGAUAAACUCAUGUGCGAUUUUCGAUGUUAGACCAUCUCCAUGAAUACCGUGGUAUUACUUUUUUAGUUUUAUGUCGAGGUUAUUUUCUUCUUUCAUCCGAUUCAAUUGUUUCUGGAUUUUGCUUAUUUAGUUAAAAAAUUGGCUGAUGUCUUGUUAAUCCUAUGAAAGAAAGAAAACAAGCUGGCAACUGAAGGCAGCUGUAGAUGAGGGGUUUGUUCUCAGCAUGUGCAGAUAAUGACAGUGUCCUCAAAGAAUCCUAGGAUUUCCCAGUGUCGUUUCUUGCUUAGGGUCAAACUAGUCAUUGCAAAGUAUAGGCUAAGGUAACUUUGGACGAUAGGGGCUUUGGAAAAUAUCCUACGUCUGAUUGGCUGAAAAGUACCUUCUUGGUUCUGCACUCUGACUUCAUGUAGCCCGAUGGAAUCUUUCAAUGUUCGAUGGCCAGCACUUCAUUGCAGAUCCUGAUGGACUUGCUUCUUUUCCUGGAUCAGGGAAGACCGAUGAUCUUUGGUAGUUGAUGUGUUCUUAUUCUACUCAAUUUGGAACUACUUACAACUUACACGGAGGUGACUGGAAGAUAGCGAAGAGUUUUUUUCUUCGACAGUAUCUUAUAUGGUCUGGAGAUAUUUGGAUGAAAUGAUAUGCCCAUGGGCUCGAAAUACUAGAAGAACUGUGUACAAUGAAUAGAAGCACUGGCUGCCACCCGGCUCUAUCACAGUGAAUAUAAGGUGUGUGUCUUGUUAGUUGACAUAUAGGGUUUUUGGCAGUACCAUUUCAAGGACAACGCUAUACUUUUAAUGAUGGUAUUGCAUUUCAAUUCACCUUUUUUUUCCAUUCUUCCCACAACAGCUCUAUCCAUGCUGUCAGAUCAAUUUCCUCUGGAUUUUUUGUCCUUCCUUGUGUUUGCCAUGUCUCUUGUGAUGGCAACAGCAAUGGAUGACCUUCAAUUCCAAAUAAUAUUUUGAGAGACUUGUGCCCAUGAUUAGUUGAAACUGCCUCAUUAGUCUGUAUUCUUACUUUGGAAUUAGAAAUUCCCCCUAAGACUACUUUACAGUAUGUUGAAUUGGGUUUUGCAGCUACUGAACUUGCUCCUGUUGGUGCACGUGUUCGGGUGGUGGGACUUCCACGGAAAAAGAACGUCCACAGAGAUCUGAAAUUGGCAUUUAGUGGGUUUCCCAACAUUGUCAAUAUAAGCCCUGCAGUUGAGGGAAACAAGAAAACGAGGGAUCCUAUUUGCAAAGGAUUUGCAUUUAUAGACUUCAAAUCAGGCGAAGCUGCACAUAAGUAAGAUUACUCGAAUUUUAGAUGUUUUUUUCGAAAUUACGAAGUUUUCACAUGUUCUGUAUUGAUCUGUAAAUCAGAACUAUUUAUUUCGGAAAAAAAAUGUGUAUCGUAUGCUUCAUUUUUCUACCUUUAAAAUGUACACAGAAAUCAUUAGACGAUGUUCAAAUAUGUGUAUGUUUGAAAAUAAUUGAUGAUAAUUUGAUUACUUUUACUAUGACUUGGUAAAAAAAUAUCUCGAGGUAUGUUGUUCGACACUCGUAAUUAUGAUAUGUUUACCGAACAAGGGGUAAUAGGUUUAUUGGGAGUUAUCAAACAUUACCCAAGUUCGGGAUUUGACCUCAUACAUAUGUAUAUGUUUAAUUCAAGUACAGGAUAUUACCUCAUUAUUAUUAAAUUUUAGUAUAUGAAGCUUGAAGCAUUUUAAGACUUUCAUGCAUGUGGUGUGGCAGCACUACCACCAUGUAUCACAACCUUUGGUCUGCAUCACACUUUUUUUCUCAUUAAUUCUUAUCAUAAUUUUGUGAUGGUGACGGAUUACACUCUUUUCCACUGCAGAAUUUGAUCAUUAUUUUCUGAUUCGCAUGAUCUUUUUUGGUUUCCUCUGCAUGUAGAUAUACCUAUGUUGAUCAAUUUACAAAUCAUCAGUAUAUAUGGAUGAUAUUUUAAGUAUUUGAUCAAUUCACUUUUUGAUUGGCAAACCCAUUGAAACAGUUACAAGCUCCAUAGCUACUCUUCUUGGUAAGGAAUAAUGUGUUUUGUACCUUUAUAAAGAGUUUUUGUUGGCCAAAACUAUUGGUUAUGAGUUAGGAGUUAUGAGUUAACAUUGUCUUAUAACUUAAACGUGGCAUGGUAUCACACAUGAUAUCUACUCUUGGUUUGUGCACACUCAAUUUCUGAUGUCUGCGUGACUGAGGUCAAAUGUCGACUUGCAAGCAAGGGUCGUGCUAGAAUGGUUUUAAAUUGGAAAGAGUAAACAAAAAUCUAUGGUUAUAAUUAUGAGCACACUUCGCUCAACUUGUUGAAUUGAAGUUAGAUGAUCAAAUGACUGCCACGUAAAUAUCUUGAAGAACAUUUUUUUUUUUUCUAUCCUUUGGUAUCUACUCCUCGCAAUCCAAGCCGGAGUCAAACCAUCUGGCUCCAUGUCUUCAAAGUUAUAGGAAUUCAUAAAAAAGCUUGCUAUUAAAUGUUCACUAUUAGUAUUGAUAUCAUUCUUGCUGGUCGAUGCAAACUAUUUUGCCUUCAAUUAUCUGAUAGAAGAUUGUCCCCAUGUAGGUCCAAGUUUCUUUUUUUUUUCGUUUUGUACAUACACUACUUUUAUUCUGGCAACGACAUAACUUCUCCCUGAAUGAAUAACAAUUCUCCUCUAGUGUAGUAAUAAUAUUCUUCCUUCACUAAUCUAGUUCGAAUUAUUGUUGCAUGGGAAAGUUGGGAGGACAAUGAGAGAAGAUAUCAUUUGGAGGUCUCAUUCCACCAUUACCUGGUGGAAUGGUACUUGUAUGUAAUAAUAUUAAACAGACUGCCACAACCUUUCUCGUCAAGGGCAGCUGAAGUCAUUCUUGACGCCCGUUUGUUGUUCACAUCUGGGGUAAAAAGAACCAUCAGUUUUCCAUUUUUUCUCUGAUUCAUUUCUCAAGAAAUGGAUCAUCGAGCGUGGCUGUCUAAACACAAAAAAUGAAAGAAAAUAUUUCCGAUAUCUAGAUUUUGAUGCUUUCAUGUCUUCUCUUUUUCUUGGAGUGAAUCUUACGGGAAAAAAAAAUUGCUUGAUAUUUAUUGAAAGAUGAAAGUCGAUGGAGAAUUUGUCUUCAAACUACAUGAUUUGCCAACUGAAAAAAAAAAAUCUUAUGAAACUUUUUCCUCUUUUGUAGGUUUGUGCAGACAUAUUCCCGACAAAGUAUGCUCUUCGGUAGAGUCGAGAAGCAGAUUACAUGCGAGAUUGUAAACAAACUCCAGUCUUCAAGUCCUGGCUCUGAAAACUUUUCUCAACGUCCUACAUUAGCUCCCCGGCUGCAGGCAACUGAUGCCGGAGGACCAGAUACCAGAGAAGGAGAGAAUUCUGAAAUCCCUUCUGGUACUCAAGAAAGCUACGGAGACCAGCCGUUGUCACCUGGGUCAGCAGAUACCAUUAGUUUGGGACGUGCUGAUGACGUCUCUCAGCUCAGUGAGGAAAGUUCAGGCGCAGGGAUUGCGGAGAGAGCCACAGGAUCACGAUCUCCAGCGCAAAAGAAGAAGAAAACCCAAAUCGCUUCGAGGAAGAAGUCGCCGAAAACGAGGGCAGAUAAAUCUCCCGAGCUGAGCAUCCAUGGGUCAGCAUUGAGGUAAAUCAUAUGUUCAGUAUAGAUCGUUCUGCAUGCCCUUUGAAAAAUGUAGCUGGUUGAGAACACUUCCAUCCACCGCAUUAAUCCAAACCCCCCUUGAGAACGCUUCGAAGUCUGAUUCAGAAGCAUAAACCGUGAACAGUCCCACAACCCCCCUUAUGAAGAUUGGUUCUCACUCUGCCAGCUACGUUUCAGUGGCUUAAAAGCUAAUCUUCGCUCUCAGUCAAACUCUGAAAUAGAUAUUUUGCUUCAAUUCUCUCGUUUCAUGAUCCAGGCUGAAGGUCAAAGAGAGGGCUGUUCUAACCGGGGUCCUGUCCAAGUAUGGAGGGCAAGCUGCUCCGGAUUCUUCAGAGAAGAACUGA